CUCCAAUCAACCCCACCAUCGAGCAUGAACCCAACUUCACUCCACUUCAACUUGACUACAGCAAUCGGGCACUGAUCAAAUCACACAUUUCAUCUCACCUCAAUUUAUUCCUCACAAAUUUACGGAGUUGUCUCUUCACUCCAGAGUCACAAGCUGCUAAUAUCACCAGAGCUCGACCAUCAAAGACGAGAAUAGAACCCUGCUUCUGUCCCGCCGCCUGACAUCACAGCUGACCGUUUCCGUCUUCUUUGAGCAAACAGACCAGGGCAUACAGGCAUACAACCUGGCAACGCAUCACCACAUCCCCUCGCCUUCCUCUUUCCAGACCACAUCCUCCGCACGUCCCAAUGUUAAAACCACACGCCAUGUCAUCCCUCCCGCCGUCGCAUUUCCUCUCCGCAACAUCCACAUCCACAUCUUCCAGCUCAACCUCACAUUCCCCCAAACGCAAACGCGGCCUCCCAGCAAUAUCAACCAUUCCACCUACACCACCACGUUCCUGUCCAGCUCCAGAUUUCGAACCUUCCUCCUCCGCCGAUAUGCGACUUAGUACCGAGAUACCUGGGGUCACAAUCGUGAAUCAUAAGAGCGCUGCAAACAAAGAAAAGGCCCGAGAUGAGGGGCAAGAUGGACCAGGAAGUCCGCGCACGAAAGUUGCGUAUAAUUUCCAAGGACUGAGGCUAGAAGAUGCAGGGACGGUUUCGCGCUUUGAACUUGAUGGACCCCGGCCGAGGAAAGGGAAUGGUUUUGGUGAAGAUGGGGCGUUUGAUGACGAGGCUGAUGUGGUAAUGGAUGGGAAUGGAAAUGUGGAUCGAGAAGAAGACCAGCAAGUUUCGAGGAAGAAAGUCAAGAUUGUGAAGCCGAAGAAGAGGGUUGAGGUCCCGGAGACACCACAGCAUGUAGGCAAUGCGGCUGGUGCUGGGACUGGGCGGAGCCGGGGCGAGGAGGGAAAAUUUGGCAUUUUCAUAGGCGAGGAGAGGAUCGUUGAUCCGGUGCUGGAGAAAGCUGCGAGGGGUGUGGUGUUGAGUAAUAGUGUGGACGAGAUGGUAUUUACAGGGAGUGGAAAGCCGAGAAGUGGCCACGGAAAUCUAAAAGGGACAUAUCCCUCAAUAAAUCGCCUCGCGGAAUCAAAAUCCCGGAAGAAAAGAGCCGGCACACCACCGCCAACGAGCUCUUUCUCAAGCGAGGACAUGGAAGCUGAGCCUGAGAUAGACAAUGAAAGGGCUUCUCUCACGUGGCACGACGACGAAAUCACCGGCCAUAAUCCUACGGACCCAGAUGACGAUGGGGAAGGCAUUAAUGGUAUUGGAUUUAAACCUACGCCUGCGGAGGCGUAUGCCAGGACGCAGAAGAGGAGACAGCAGAUGGCGGAGUAUCGGAAUAGGGAGGCGAGAGAGGCGAGGAAGAUGAGGAGUGAGAGGAGGAGGGGGAGUGAGAUGUCGAAGGCGAGUAAGGAGGAGCAGGAGACGGCGAGGAGGGUGAGGUUUAUGGAGGCGGAGGUGAAGAGUGUGGUUUCGACUUCAUAGUACUUACUGGUGGGGAUGGGUCUGAGGAUUGCAUGGCGGGGCGUUGAGGAGCAUGGAUUGGGAUUGAUACCUAUGGGAAAGCGCUGGAUAUGCUGCAGAGCUUGACUCUUCGCUCCGUCGGAAUUGCGGGGAAGAGAAGGGCGUUGAUAUGUUUUAAUGAUACACUGCUAGUAUUUUGAAGAUUACUAGAAGCUAUAAGAUACCCACGAAAUUGAUUGAAUGCUUG